AUGAAGAGAAACGGGAAGGUAGGAAUUUUUUAGGAUUUUCUCUGCCAAAUCGCGGAAAUUUUGGCCAUAACUGACCCGAAAAAAUAGUAUUUGGCCUAAGGAAUCAAGUUGCCGAAAAAAAAUAAUCGAAAACGCAAAAAAAUGCGAGGAAAUUGGACAAAAAUCAAAGAAACGGUAGAGGAUUUCUCACGAGACCCCGAACAUUCCGUGCGUGUGUGCCCCUCGUUUCAAAUUUUGCUGCUAUAGGGAAAAGGGGCAGCUACGCAGCGGCCUGGCCGGCUGCCAGCCCCCUCUCGUUUCUUACCCGUCUCUUUCUUUUGCCUGCUCUCUCCUCGCGCCCUUUCGCUCGUCGUCACUAGAACUUCGGGGACGCCCGACUAUUUAGCAAUUUUCUCGUCGCCUGACACUCUCUUCCUCACUAUGAAUCACAAGUGUUCUCGCAGCUUUAAAAUGGCGAAAUUCCGGUUUAGAAACUGACUUUCUCGUGUUUCAAGGCUCUUUUCUCGCAAAUUCUGACUCGCCGAUAGUUUGCCGUGGUAUUUGAGUGCCAGAUUGAUUGUGAGGCUUUCGUGAUCGAUCGGCGCGCGUUUGCCUCGUGAGCAGACGAAUCAAUACUUCUCGCUGACACUCGCUGGCGCGUGGUGUUUUUCUCUGUCUCCAAGGCGACUUCUGACCCAUUACUAUUGCCUGCCCAGUAAGAUUAAUGCCUUCCAUUUCCUUUUCUGACAUCACAGAACCUUUCUUUUUUGUUCACAACGAUUUGGACGUGAAAUCGGAAUGACGUGUUUGCGCCCUCGCCUUGGUUGUAACGAUGACUCAUCUUUCACUUCUCGUAUCGCUCGCAGAUUGCGAAGUGCUUUCUUUGCACAACACAUUCUAUUACCCUUUUAUUUCAGAAAAUGAGCCUCUUCGGCAAGAUUUUCGGAGGAAAGAAGCAGGAAGCCCCGACUACUCCUCAGGAUGCCAUCCAAAAACUGCGGGAAACUGAAGAAAUGUUGCAGAAAAAGCAGGAUUUCUUGGAGAAGAAAGUUAACGACGUAAGUGAAGCGAAAAACAAUUCAGGCUGAUGAACUAAGUUUUCAGGAAAAGGCAAAUGCAGUGAAGUACGGAACAAAGAAUAAGCGAAUGGCGCUCCAGGCCCUGAAUAGGAAAAGACAGUUCGAGAAGCAAUUGAAUCACAUCGACGGAGUUCUAAACACUAUCGAAUUCCAGGUAGCGAAAUUUAAAUGUCCACUACUUCGAACAUAUAUUUUUUAAGAGAGAAGCUCUUGAGAAUGCCUCCACGAACGCCGAAGUUCUCAAUGUUAUGGGGCAGGCCAGCAAGGCCCUCAAAACUGCUCACAAUAACAUGGAUAUUGAUCAAGUUCAUGAUUUGAUGGAGGACAUUGCCGAACAGCAGGAAGUGGCCAAUGAGAUCGCUGAGGCUAUUUCGAACCCGGUCGGAUUCCAUACGGGUGUCGAUGAGGAUGAUUUGAUGGCCGAGUUGGAGGCGCUAGAACAAGUUCGUCCAUCUAGUGUUUGAUAAAUGACACGAAAUAUUUUUCAGGAAGAGCUCGACAAGCAGCUUCUCGAUGCCAACCCAGCGCCUAUUGCCAAUCUGCCUGAUGCUCCGUCCAUCGCUCUGCCAUCGCUUCCAGCCAGACCAGCUCGAGUUCCUGCCGCAGCGGACAAAGAUCUGGAAGACCUUGAAAGCUGGGCGAACGCCUAA